UCAACAUGCCUGACACACACAAUACACAACGUACACUUGUGUGUCGUGACAGUGCCCACACAAAGUGAUGCCCCGCCUGACCUGUCGAUGAAACUUGCAGUGUAGUUGAUCUGGUGAGUGUCCCUGAAGUGGUCGAUGACGAUGCUCUUGACGAACGACGACACAGAUGAGUAGUCCCGAGCCAACAGGGUCAGCAACCGCCAGCCCUCGGGCGGAUGAUAGUCGAUGCUGCUGCGGACGGGCGGGCGGGUCGUGCUGCUGUCGGUGCUGCUGGUAGGGGUGGUUGGGAGGGAGGGGCGGGUCGAUGUCGACCUCAAAGCCGUCGUCGUCGUUGACGGCCCGCAGUCUGUUGCCGUGGUGGAACAGCUGGAAGGUUACGCCGUUGCCGAAGUCGAUGUGGGGGCCGACCAUCUUGAGCUGAGCCAACACACGGGGAGCGGCCAAAUACGCCUGCACACACAGCACAUCAACACACCACACACCCAUUGAGAGCCAUCUAUUGUCCCUCCCUCCCUCCCUCGGUUGGCUUACCGUUUUGUUUGGGUAUUGGUGCAGAUCGGCCGCAGUGAGCCUCACAGGCAGCUGGCAGUUGCCGCACUGCCCCGCCAGCUCGACCGCCUCGCUCAUCUCACUCCAGCCGCCCGCCUCCGUCACACACAGCGCCGCCAGCAGGUCACCCUCGCCCAUCUGCUGGUCGUCGAAUGUCAGCAGCUGCUGUCCGUUGGCCGCCCGCCGCAGCCCCGCCUGUGUGCUGACUUCAUGGGUGAGCCGCUGCCGCAGCUGAGGCGCUCCGAAGAGCUUUCUGAGCCAGCUGCAGGUCUUCCUCAGCCUCAGGAUGUCAUCGAGACUGAGGAGGUAGAAUGUGCGGCGGCCGACGAAGAUGUACUCGACGGGGUGCUGCUGCUGCUGGUUGGGCUGCUGCUGGUUGGGCUGCUGCUGGUUGGGCUGCAUCACGGUCGAAUCUGCGGAGGGGAGGCGAUCUGUCGCAGCAGCGAU